AUGAUGAACGUCAGAGAUGGUCUGGUAAGUAGGAUAGAGCAGGAAGAUUCUGUAAAUCUGGAGGCGCUGCCGACAGCUGAGGAGAUCAGAGAAGCUGUGUGGGAUUGUGAGUCCUCUAAGGCACCAGGGUGCGACAGCAUGGUUGGAUGUGUUUACAAGGUUAUCUCCAAGGUUUUGGUUAGGAGGAUGAGACCUGUGAUGCCAGCUUUGGUAGGAGAAACCCAGAGUGUAUUUGUAAGGGGCAGGAAAAUACAUGAUGGGCGCUCAUCGCAUGUGAAACGAUGGAGAUCUUGGGUGAUGGAGUGUGUCUCCACAGCAUCUAUGUCGGUUUUGAUGAAUGGGUUGCCAUCUAAGCUGUUCAAGAUGGAAAGAGUCAGGAAUGGGCGUAUAUCACCUUUGGUGGUUGGCAGAGAUAGUAUAGCGCUGUUACAUAUUCAGUUUGCUGAUGACACAAUUCUGUUCUGCCCACCAGAGAUGGACACUAUCAAGAAUUACAGGCGACUAUUGAGAUGUUUUGAGUUGAUGUCAAGUCUCAGUAUUAAUUUUGACAAAUCGAGCUUGAUUCCGAUAAAUUGUGAAGAACAGUGGACCCUGAAUAUGUGCCAGUUGUUGGGGUGUAAGGGUGAGUCCCUUCCAGUCAAAUAUCUGGGUAUUCCCUUAGGUGCAAAUCCGAGGUUGGUGAAGACCUGGAAGCCUAUAAUAGACAAAGUGGAGGAGAAACUAAGUCUGUGGAAGGCUAAAGUUCUGAAUAAAGAUGGAAGGUUGGUGUUGAUUAAAUCAGUAUUAAACAGUCUGCCUGUGUAUUAUUUGAGUUUGUUCAAGUUGCCGAAAGCUGUUGCUGAGAAAUUGAUUUCACUGCAAAGAAGGUUCUUGUGGAGUAAGAACGAUGGUAGUAAUGGGAUGGCUUUAGUAAAAUGGGACGUGGUACUGGCCCCAAAAAACUAG